UGUCAACUGACAAUUUAAACUUCGUCUGUCAACAUAUUUAUCAUGACCGGUUAGGAAUUUAUAAUUUUUUUAUCAUUUUGAAACGUAAAUAUGAAUAUAUCGUUAAGCGGUAAAAUAUAACCAAGCCUUUUAUGAAAAGAAUUAAAGAAUAAUAUAAAAAAAUGGCCAAUGUCUUGAACAGGACACUUUCAAGAGUUCUUUUAAAGAGGAAAAUAUGGUGCCACAAAUAUUAUUCAGUUUUAAGUUGUUAUACUUGCAGUGCAUCGUCGUUGAAUACAUCUUUAAUUGAAAAAAAACUCAAUAAUGGAUAUAAAAUAGCAAUUUUAAAUAGACCCAGAAUCUAUGAAGGCUUUAUGAAUUAUUGUAAUGAGAAGAAACACUGUGAACCCGAACCUGAGAAAUUAACGCUUUUCCAAAAAUUUAAACAAAUGUACAGAGAUUACUGGUAUGUUCUAGUGCCUGUCCAUAUUAUUACUUCCACUAUGUGGUUUGGAGGAUUUUAUUAUAUGGCAAAAAGUGGUUUUGACAUUAUUCAUGUUUUGGAAUCAUGGCAUGUAAGUGAAAAACUUAUCAAUCCCCUAAGAGAUUCAAGUAUGGGAUAUGUUGCUGUUGCUUAUGCUUGUUACAAAAUAGCCACUCCUGCUCGAUAUACUGUGACAGUAGGAGGUACCACUAUCUCUAUAAAUUAUUUAAAAAAAUGGGGGUACAUUAAACCAGUUCCUAGUAAAGAAAGAAUGAAGGAAAUCUAUGAAGAAAAGAAGCGAAGUAUGGCAGAAGGUAUAAAGGAAAAAAAGGAAACUUUAAUGGAAAGUUUACAAGAGACUACAGAAGGCAUAAAAGAGAAGAAGGACAAUAUCAUCGAAAGUGUUAAAAAAACUGCUGAAAAGAAAAAACCAUCUAUAAAAAUGAAAGAGAAAACUAAAAUAUAAUGUUCUUAAGCCCAAAUAUUUUAUAAAUUACAGAUUUUCAUUAUAUUAUUGUUAAGUUUACUUUUUAAAUGUUAUUUAACAAAUUAAAAUAGGGAUGAUUUCCAAAAUUUAUA